GAGGCACUUCCUGGACAAAUAGCAGGCAUUGCAGAGUGCUUCUCCAGAAAGCUUGCGCACCGUUCAGCCCGUCUUCACGCAGCUUUCAGCACAGUCAGGGACUUCAUCUCGUUGCUUGACAAUUUCUCGGAAAUUGUGCUGCAACUCAUAGUGUAGUGUUUGUUUGUUUUUAAUAGUUGUACAGUAAACAAUGGCUGGAGCUACAUCUCUGGAGGCAGUCAAACGAAAGAUCAAAUUCUUGCAAGAGCAGGCGGACGGCGCUGAGGACAGAGCCGAGAGAUUACAGAAGGAGUUGCUUGCCCAGAGGAAAGCCAGAGAACAAGCUGAGGGAGAUGUCGCUUCCCUUAACAGACGUAUCCAGCUGGUUGAGGAGGAGUUGGAUCGUGCUCAGGAGCGUCUGGCCACAGCCCUGACCAAGCUGGAGGAGGCUGAGAAGGCUGCUGAUGAGAGCGAGAGAGGCAUGAAGGUCAUUGAGAACAGGGCCAUGAAGGAUGAGGAGAAGAUGGAGCUGCAGGAGAUCCAGCUGAAAGAGGCCAAGCACAUCGCUGAGGAGGCUGACCGCAAAUAUGAGGAGGUGGCCCGUAAACUGGUCAUCAUUGAGGGUGACCUGGAGCGUACAGAGGAGCGCGCUGAGCUGUCAGAAGGCAAAUGCUCUGAGCUUGAGGAAGAGUUGAAAACUGUGACCAACAACCUGAAGUCACUGGAGGCCCAGGCUGAGAAGUACUCACAGAAGGAGGACAAAUAUGAGGAGGAGAUCAAGGUCCUCACUGACAAGCUGAAGGAGGCUGAGACUCGUGCUGAGUUCGCUGAGAGAUCAGUAGCCAAGCUUGAGAAGACCAUUGAUGACUUGGAAGAUGAGUUGUAUGCCCAGAAACUGAAGUACAAGGCCAUCAGCGAGGAGCUGGACCACGCCCUCAACGACAUGACAUCCAUGUAAUUUUCAACUUGCUGCACCUGCCUGUUCCGUCGUCACCCUCUCUUCCCCUCUGCACCUAUCUUCCCCGUACAACAGCUGCCUCAACUCCAUCGUCUCCGUUAUAUUUCCUGUACCCAUCAUCAUUAGUACAUCCAAGUCUUGUAUCUGUUCCUCCACUUAACAUAGUUAUGCAUCUAUGUUUUUAUAUAGUCUUAAAGUGUAAUGUCUUAAAACAGACAUUGUGGUAUUCCGUGUCUGUGUAAUUGAAGCCCGCAUGCAAUAAUUAUAAGUGUUUUCCUCUCACACUGCUGUAUUCGUGUGGUCAUGAUGAUACUUUAUGAUACCUUUGGAUCAGUAUCAUUGGUGUUUGAGAAUACUGUAAACAGGACUGAAGUCAUGUUAUGCAUGAACAAAACUUCAGUGAUCUGGUCUCUGUUUACAUUUCUUAUCCAGGUCAAUUGUGAAUGGUAUCACUUUAUUGUGAAAAGUAGCUUUGAUUUCAAAAUAUUCAUGAUAUUUUCACAUGAUAUUUUGACAUCCUAAGCCACGCAUGCAAGUUGCCUCAUGAAACGUAGUAGACUUGGUUACAAAAGCAUUUCAGUGAAUCUGAUUCACUCACUGUAAGGUUAUGAGUGUUUCCUCUUUCCUUUUUCUACUAACAUGGUCUACUUCUGUCCAGAAGAAAGGCCCGCUGUGUGAUUUGAGAGCCCCUUUUGUUCCGUUACAGUUUAGCAUCACUGUGGUUGAGCCCCCAGUUUUGCUAAAUGAGUGUUGUCCCUCAACAUUUGGCCAUUCUGUGGGAGAUUGACAAGACACACGACAUCGCGUUUUAGCAGAAAUGUCUCGAUGUAAUCAGAGGGAGGCAUUGGUCUGACCUCCAGUUAGUGCUUGUCAGCGUGUCCUACCUCACAAUGCAUUUCCACUGUGCAUUGGGGUUGUUGUAGUGUUGUGCCGUGACUCAUGUGGUUCUAGUUUAUAGAUGUGUACAUCUUAAACUUCUGUAGGUUCCCACACAGACCCCCUGGUUCACUUUACUUCUUCUCUCCCACACAGAUAAAAUUUUUACACCUCAUCAAAGACGCCUCCUGCCGGCUGAGCGGCAUCUGUCUGCUCUCUCCAGCCUUCUCUCCAUUUUCCUUUCCCUCUCUGUGUUUGCUUUCCUUUCUUCCUCAUGUUUUCAUCCUCAUGUCAAAGUUGAUUGCAUCCCAUCUCUUGUACAGAAUCCUAGAAUCUUUCUGCAUUGUGUAAAAAAUAAACACCCUUCCUUCUAUGUAAGCUGUAUCUCUUUACUCUGUCCUUUUUUUCUUUUUAAUUUCUAUUUAUUUUCAAGUGGCUCUAAUAAAAUCAGGAAGCCUUGAUUUUACGUUAUGUUUUUGUUUGUUAUGUUUCUUCAUCUCCACAAACCAUUAGUUGAGCUGUACCCUGCUUUGGUGUAGUUUUAAAGAUGGCAAAGGAUGUUCUUUUUAUUUUCUUCAAAUAUUGUUCUCUGAAGCUGAGAUAUUAGGAAUAUCACAGUAGUGCUAUGAGCACAGAAACCUAGAACAACCACAGGUACUUGACUGAAAGCUGAGCCAAGAUGUCUUCUCUAUUAGCAUUUGAGACUGAUGCAUGCAAGCACUUUUCAACAUUUAGUACUGUGACAGUAGGAGCGGAAUGGAAAGAUUUGAGUAUUGGAGGGAAGUAGUGUUGGAUUGUUAGCAGGAAGAUUGCGGAAGAGUAACAGUUGGAAUGGUGGAACACAGAACAGUAUGUAAGAUUUGUUGAGCAUCAUCUGGUUGCUGGAAAAUUUGGAUGAAACUGCUAUCGGUGAUUAUGACACAUGGGCUUUGUAUCCUGUCAUAUAUUUGAAUAAAUAUAAAAUCACA